GACCAACUGCCGAACAGUUCUGUUGCGGCAGGUUUCGCAGUUAGACGACGUUUGACUUAAACUUAGCGUUAUGAGUAUUUCUUUUGUGGAUCUAAAUUUAUUCCUAAAUCUUAAAAUACCAUAAUUGACGUUUUCGUUUAAUCGAGAAGUGAGAUUCCUGUGAAAUUAGUUAAGAAAACUACGAGUUCUAAGUAAAAUAGAGUUGGUGUGAGCGUGUGAUGGACGCGCAAUGAGCGGCCUGAUGAAGCGCACGGGCGGCCGCGGCGGCCCCGACGAGUCGGCGCCCCCGCACUCAGCGCCGCACUCGUCCUCGCAUUCUGCCCCGCACUCGACUUCGCAUUCUGCCCCGCAUUCCACUUCGCAUUCUACCCCACACUCGACUACGCAUUCUGCCCCGCAUUCCACUACGCAUUCAGCCCCACAUUCGACUUCGCAUUCUGCCCCACAUUCGACUUCGCAUUCUGCCCCGCACUCCGCCUCACAGGUGCAGCAGGCGGCCACCUCCAUGCACUCCCUGGCGCAAGCGGCAGCGCAGCCGCAGAUCAUUGGAGUGUCGUCGUCUAGUGGCGUGGGCAGCGUGGGCAGCGUGGGCGUGGGCGGCAUGGUGGGCGUGGGCGGGGGAGGUAAUAGACCCCCACCAACGAUUCCCGCCUUGUCAUGGCGGUGA